AUGGCCGAACGAACACUCCAGCAGAUCCUUAACCAGCUACGCUCGAAUCCCGGGCUGCCCUACCCCGAAGCAUCAUCCCUCCUCUCCAAAGCCAAGAUCCAACUGCUGCAGCUCAAGGCCGCUACGCCCGGCGCCCCCGGGUCUACCGGUGUAUCUCCCCAGAACCUAGCUCUCGCCCGCGACGUCUACGAGCAGGGCGCCCUCUUCAGCAUCCGCGCGCGGAACCCCGACGCCUUUACCCGGUACGUAUCGCAGCUGCAGCCCUUCUACGAGCUGCCGGCUACCGCUGCUGGUGGUGAGCGCAACAAGGUGACCGGUCUAUACCUGUUGUUGCUGCUGACGCAGGGCCGCUAUGCUGAGUUCCACUCGGAACUUGAGACUCUAAGUACUAGGGCUAAGGAGAGUGGUGCCGGCGAGAUCGAGGGUGACCGCUUCCUAGGGUACUCGAUCAACCUAGAGCGAUGGCUCAUGGAGGGGAGCUAUGAUCGUGUGUGGAAGGCUUUGAAGAGCCGGGAGGUGCCAAGUGAGGAGUAUGGUGUUUUCUCUGAGAUCCUAACAUCCCAAAUCCGCUCCGAAAUCGCCUCCAGCAGCGAGCGCGCAUACCCCUCUCUCCCACUAAGCAGCACCAAAUCCCUCCUAUUCCUCGACUCCGAAGGCGCCGUCGUCGACUUCGCGCGCCACCGCGGCUGGGUCGUCCGCGACGGCAACAUCUACUUCCCCACAUCCGCCGCCACCGUCGACGGCGAGCCCAUCAACGUCGCCUCCGAAGCCGACGCCGGCGAAGAAAAAGAGUUCAGCCGCAUGGUCAUCGAGAACGCCCUCGGCUACGCCCGCGAACUCGAGACCAUCGUCUAA